GUGAAAACUUAAGCUCCGCCCCCGAGAAGCUAAAGCAACAGGAAGAUAAUCGAAAACGAGCGCUGGCUGGAAGGAAAGCGGCGGAGGCCGAAAUCUUUUCCACAUCAAAGUCGCUGCUCGGCCGUAAACUUCAGCCUGGACUCGACCUGCCACCUCUGACCCGGUUCUGAGAGCUAUACGUGGCAGAUAAACGAACAUGCUCUCGGAACUAAAGUGAGCUCUCUUGCCACUAAAGAGAGAAAAAAGGCAGAGGCUGAGCAUGGCGCAGUGCACCGGUCUGCAGUACGAGCCGGUGGCAGAGAUCGGUGGCGGCGCUUACGGGACCGUCUACAAGGCUCGGGACAUCGAGAGCGGCAAGUUCGUCGCCCUGAAGAACGUACGUGUCCAGACGGACCAAAAUGGCCUCCCGGUCUCCACGGUCAGAGAGGUGGCACUGUUGAGGCGUCUAGAGCAGUUUGACCACCCCAAUGUGGUCAGGCUCAUGGAUGUGUGUGCCACCAAGAGAUCAGACCAGGAAACCAAAGUCACUCUGGUGUUUGAGCACGUGGACCAAGACCUGAAGACGUAUCUAGAGAGAGCUCCAGCUCCAGGGUUGUCACCAGAGCGCGUGAAAGACUUGAUGAAGCAAUUGCUUUCUGGCCUCGCCUUCCUCCACUCAAACCGCGUGAUGCACCGAGACCUGAAACCCGAGAACAUUCUGGUGACCAGCCAGGGUCAGGUCAAGCUAGCAGACUUUGGCUUAGCGCGGAUAUACAGCUGCCACAUGGCCCUGACUCCUGUGGUGGUGACGCUGUGGUAUCGACCCCCCGAAGUUCUGCUGCAGUCCAGUUACGCCACUCCUGUGGACAUUUGGAGCACGGGCUGCAUCUUUGCCGAAAUGUUUAGACGCAAACCUUUGUUCUGCGGAGAGUCAGAGAUGGACCAGCUUGGCAAAAUCUUUGAAGUUCUUGGCUUACCCCCAGAGGAGGAGUGGCCCACCGAUGUUACCGUGUCCAGAAAAAACUUCCCCCCUCUCAUGGCUCGCCCAAUAACUGAUUUUGUCCCAGAGAUCAAUGAGGAGGGGGUCCAACUAUUGCUGCAAAUGUUGACUUUCGACCCUUUGAAACGAGUGUCGGCCGUGAAGGCUCUCGAGCAUCCGUACUUCCAGGACGAGGAGCCGGCGACUCAGACAGAAAGCUUGAAUCAGGGAGUAAAAAGCGCCGCAGGAGGCAUCUGUGUUUGAGUUCAAGAUUCCUUCUAUUGAUUUUCCGUGUUGUUCCUGCAUCCGAAUCAAGGUUUAAACACUCAGACAAGCGAGCUGGAGGGUCACCGGCACCGACGUGGAAGUGUCAUCAUCUGUGUUCCCUCUUUAAAGACAGAACCAGUGGUUUUAGUGCUGUCUUCAGCAGGGACUGAUGGAUCUAAAAUGCUGCUCGAGUUGUUUUACAGAGUGUUUGACCAACCAGAGGGUUGUCCACGUAUGUUAGUGUUGGUUCUAAAGGAACAGGAACGCCUUUCAUUUUUAACACAACUGUAGAGAUCAGAGAAAAUGAUUCCUAAAUGUUUCUAGAUCAUGUAAAAUAGGAAGAAGAACUGUCUAAAGUAUUUAAGCGCACAAAGAAGACGCACAUUUCAACAUCACUGGUGUUACCCCUUACAGUCUUACCAAGUACAAGUAUUUUUUUAUGGGCUUCAUUUCAUGCUUUUAGUAAAUUUUGUUCCGUUCACCUGAAAUCAGCCAGUUCUGCCACGCCGUUGAGUCUAGAAAAGUGUUUCAAUCGCUGUUGUUUUCUGUGAAAAAAUGAAUAAACGCAACACAUGAACAGA